GACGUGCUGAGUAAAGUCGGUAGCGGUACUCGAUAUUGAAAGAUGAUCGCUGCGAGGAGCGACGUGUUGUUGGUUUCCCAACUGACAAUCUCAUUUUACUGGUCAGAUCCGUUCCGUCGUAAAAAGAUUCCUACUUGCUGCGAAUCUCGAGCCUGCUGAUGCACUUCACGGAAGAAGGAUCUGAAUUCUUGUGGACUAAAGCUCUGUUUUGCAGUCUUCGCGAUCUGUUUUCUACACGAACACCGCGGGAUUAUGAGGCAAAACGCAGUCGCUUUGAGAGCAAAUUGAAACUGUACACAAACAGGGAAUCGAUGAGGUUUUGAGUCGAUUUGGAGUCCCAGUAAGACCAUUGUUCAUGGUAGACAGUCGAAAGGUAGCCCCUUGUCAAGAAAGCCGUUUGAACCACCACCGCAACCGUCAUGGAAGAGCUGAAACGCUGAGCGUGUGAAUAUUACCGAUCGAGCAAUGUUGGGCGUCAGUUGCACGAGCAGAUUCCCGAUCGUGUUUCGAAUUUCCUGUAUCCUUGAUUGAGGCGGCAGCAAUACUGAGUGCCUUGUGCUCAUGAUGUUGAGAACACUUAACAGGCGGAUGCUUCCGCUCCUGCGACCUCUCUCCUCUGAUUCCAUUUUAACUGUAGAGUUGAAACGAUUGCCGGCUGAAUUUGCCUCUCCUCGACUCCACACAAGUGUUGAGCGCCAUGAUUGGAUCGCAAAGGGCAGACCCGAGACAAGGCUUCAUCUGGAGCUUUGGUUCAAGCCGAACACUGGGCAAGUUAUCUUCACUCGCGGUCUAAGCCACGACAUAUCCCCGUCGAGAGAUCUGCCGGCCACAGUCGCGGCACUGAAGAACCCAACCAACCAGAUCACGUACGACGAGUCAUGCAUGGACCGUCACCCGCAGGGCGAUCCAAGCAAGAGGGCCUUCUCCUACUUCAUUCUCACGAUAGGGCGCUGCAUGCUCGCGGCGGGCCUGCGGCUGUUCGCAUGCAAAGUAAUCCUGUCCAUGUCGGCGAGCAAAGACGUGCUAGCGAUGGCGUCUCUGGAGAUGGACGUGAGUAGCAUCGCAGCAGGAAACACGGUGACGGUGAAGUGGCGGGGGAAGCCGGUGUUUGUGCGCAACAGAACUGAGGCGGACAUUAAGCUCGCGAAUUCGGUGAGCCUGUCGGAACUGCGGGAUCCGGAGACCGACGAGGCCCGGGCGACGAAUCCGACGUACCUAAUCGUGGUCGGCGUGUGCACCCACUUGGGGUGCGUGCCGCUUCCGGGCGCGGGAGACUACGGCGGAUGGUUCUGCCCCUGCCACGGCUCCCAUUACGACAUCUCGGGCCGCAUCCGCAAGGGCCCCGCGCCGCGCAACCUGGAAGUGCCCAAGUACGCGUGGAUCAACGACACCAGGGUCGUCAUCGGGUGACGACGCAAUCGCCAGCGGAGCACACGAGGACCCCCACAAUUUUCAAAUUUUCUCGUUGCCGACGAUGCGCAGUUUUCACCGACGAUGGUGUGCGGUUACUGAGGUGAUUUGCAGAGUGAUCGGAACAGUAAGACUCGAAAUGUAUUUUCAUUUUUUCUUUUUUUCUUCUACUGUAUGUGCAAGAUUAUGUGACUCAAGGUUGUGGUAUCGUGUGUUCAUGCACAUGCAAGUUGAUUCAUGUUGUGUGUUUUGGGAAGAUUUAGCUGUAGAGAGUUUUGUUUAAUGCCUGUUGUUUUUGGUUUUGACGUGUGCGAGUGUAGAGACAAUUGAUUUAAGUUUUGGAAAAGAAUGACUCAAUUUGGUUAUGUUGACAAUAAUUAAAGAUCUCAAUUGAGUUUAUUUGAAAAGAAAAAUAAUAGUGAAUUUUUUUUAGUU